AUGAGAACCCUCGAAGAGCUGCACUGCCACACUGUGGCGGAAUUGAGUGCCGCCUGCCGCGCUUUGGGUCUCCCGGUGAAGGGCCUGAAGAAGGAUCUCGUCAGCCGACUGAUGGCUUUUGAAAAAACCCGAGGGCCUCUGCCACCUGAAGUACUCCACAGGCGGCCACUCCAAAGACAACGACAUCCGCAGCCUCCACUGCGGCAGCAGCAGCAGCAGCAGCAUGUGAGCCCCCGCCAGGUGUACAUACAGCCCGGCGGACCCAUGGAAGAGCCUUCCGCUGCUAAUUAUCAUCAGAGGGCAAAGCACCACUUUCUUCAGUAUCAGCAGCACCAACAGCUCUUGUUGCAGCAGCACCAGCAUCUGCAACAUCAACACCUACAGCAGCAUCAGAAUGUGCAGCAGGAACAGCGACAUGGAGGGGUCCUUCCACCUAGCCAACCAGCUAGCCAGGCAGCUAGCCAGGCAGCCACCCGGCACUACUCAGGGCCCCAGAGACCCCGGAAUGCCUUGGCUUCUUCACACACCCGGAAGGAGUGCAUUUGCGGAGACCGACUGUCUCCUCAGCAGCAGCAGCAGCUGCUGCAGCAGCAGCAGCCGCUGAUAGGCUGUGCUGUCUGCGGCGCUCGCUGCAAUCAACGGGACUCAACCAACAAAGAGGUGUCUGCGCUGCUGCUGAUGCUGCUGCGCUGCAUGUUGUUGCAGCAUCGCGUAUGCUACGGCCUUUCGGAGGACAGAAACCCGGCGGACUUCAUUUGUGGGGCUUGUCAUUUGAAGUUGAUGGACCCGUUUUACCCGCCGGCGCAGGUUUUCGCGCUGUCUCCUCUAGAAGAUUCGUUGGCUGUCUCGCUAGACGCCACAGAUAUCAAAGGCUGGAGGGCUCAGGGAAAGGAAAUCGUUAUCCGCUGCUGCCAGGCCCAAACCCCAAAACACAUACAAACGUGGCCGCGCACCGUCGAGGUCUUUGUCAACGGUCGUAUAACGCAGUACUUGAGAAGUGGGCUUAACCAAGUUGAGGUAAAAACAACGAACUUUACGCCCGAUCCCAAGUUGUUUUUCAUUGCCCUUCUCUUGGUGGACACCAAAACGCCAGAGGCCUUGGAGGCCUCUGUUGUCCAACAACACACCCUUCCUCUAGAUGCGGCGAAAGAGCGCGUGCAGCGGCUGCUACAGGGACAGCAGCAAAAGCAGGAACAGCAGCAGAAGCAGGAGCAGAAGCAGCAGGAGGACGUAGACAGCGACGAAGAAGUGCAGUGCCUCGAGGUGGGGAGGAGGCUGAAACUGACCUGCCCCGUUACCUUCACCAGGAUUGAAAUCCCAUGCCGAGGUCGCUUUUGCCUCCAUCUUCAGUGCUAUGAUCUAAGCGGAUAUCUGUUGGUCUCUCGAAGCACCAAGGCGUUCAACAGCCGCUGGAGAUGCCCCCAGUGCCACCUAACGGUCCUCCCCUCUGACUUGCAGGUCGACGGCUUUUUUCAGCUACUUCUGGCGCAAACCAAAGAAGAAGACAUCGAAGUGGAGCUCCAGGCGGCCCUUCUUGUGCUUCGUUGGGAUGCAGGAGGCGGAAGCAACUGGGAAAUCAGCGACAGCGAAGCCGAAGACGCACCAGCCGCCGCAGCAGCUGCAGGAUCGGCAGCAGCAGCUGCAGCAUCGGGAGAGGCUGCUGCACCAUGCCAGGAUUCCGCUGGCGCUCCUCGCGAAGUCGCUGCUGCAGGGUUUCCACGGAGGCCCCCUGCUGCUUCCGGUAGCAGCAGUAGCAACAGCAGCAGUGGAGCGUCAGACGAGGAAGAAGACGGGCCUCUUACAAAGAGGCAGCGGCGUUUGGAUCCUUCUCCGGGAAGUGCCAGCAACCAGCAGAGGGAAGUUUUUUGUCUGUCAGACUCAUCCGAUGAUGAGCAGUCGCACCAGCAGCAACAGAGUGGAGCCAGUACUUCUGCUAGUAACGGCCCCACGGGCGACAGGGAGCGUCAUACUUCAAAUGAGCAACUACAGUCGUCGCAGCAUUCUCAGCAGCAGCAGCAGCACCCAUCGCAGUCUCAGCUGCUGCCGGAGUCCCAGCAACAGCCAACGCAGUGUCAGCAGCAGCUGCAGCAGGCAACGCAGUCGCAGCAGCAGCAGCUGCAGCAUCAGAAGUCUGACGGUGGUGGAGGGGAGGUUAAUGCUCCAAUUGCAUUGGAUUCAGACACCGAUGAGGAGGAGAAGCAACGGCAGAAGCCAUCGCAACAGCAGCAACAGUGGCAGCGGUCCUCUCAACAGCAGCCACCGCAACAACAGCCAACGCAGCUGCAGCCAUCGCAGCAGCAGCAGCCGCAGCAGGCGUUGUUUCCAAAGGCCCCUCGUGAGGACGGGGCUGCCCAGAGGGCAUCUGAGAGUCUCAGUGACGCUGUUGCUGCCCGUGAAGGGACUUCCGCACAGCAUGCAACCAGCAGCAGCAGCUGCAGUGAUAGCGGCGGUAGCAGCACGGGUUCUCAAGGCAGCAAUAGCAGUAGUAGCAGCAACAGCAGCAAAGGUCGGGGCGGUGGUGACUCAAGUAUGUGUGCACCUGCCCUCGCUUCAAGCGGUGCUGUUGCUUCCGGUGCCCUAAGCAACAGUAGCCGCAGUAGCAGCCGCAGUAGCGGGGAGACGGCACAAGAUAUGCCCUUGGGCUUCGCAUCAGAGGCAGCAGCCCUUCUAGAAGAAAUAGAUUGGUCAGCUGAUGGGGUUAAGCCAGACGCAGGGCAAUCCCAUGCAGCAUCAACACCUGCAGUUGCAGCAGAGUCUGCUGCUGCUGCUGCGGCUGCAGCUGUUCCUCCAGCUGCAACUGUUGGUGCAGCUCCUACGGCAGAUGACGCUGCCCCGCUGAAGAAGGCUGGUGCAGGAGCAGCAGCAAUGCCAGCAAACUACACCCAGGCAGAUCAGGGAGGGAAUGAAUCGCAGGCAGCAACGGCAGAGGGUAGCUCACAGUUACAGGAGGAGCAGCAGAUGCAAAAGCAGCAACAGCAGCAGCUGCUGCAGCAACAGCAGCAGCAGCAACAGCUGCAGUACCACCAGCAGCAACAGCAACAACAGCCCUUUAUCACUGAACAGGGGCUUUUGGCGCUGCAGCAGAGAUGCCAGCAGGAAAUCUUGCUGCGGCAGCGGGAGGCCCUUCUUCGACAGCAGCAGCAGCAACACAAGCUACAGCUGGAACAUCAACAGGGUCAGCUACUGCUGCUGCAGCAGAACAGUUUCUCGGCGUUGCAGCGGCAUCGGCUUCUGCUGCAGCAACAGCAGCAGCAACAGCAAACAGCAGUUCAGUCCAUCGGCGCUCCAUGGUUUCUAAACACCCUAGUGCCCGGGGCAGCAGACAACAGCAGCCCUGCUACUCCCCGUUCGUGGCAUGGUGGGGCGCAGCAGCCACAGGUGCAGCAGCAGCAGAUUCCACAGCAACAACAGUUGCCGCAGCAGCAGGAGGUGCCCGCACAGCCGCAGCUGCAGCAACAACAGCAGCAGCAGGUGCCACACCACAUACAACUGGCAGCACGGCUGCCGCAGCUCUUCAACAUGCGGAAUAUUCCGAGUUCAGCUCAGGCGACCGUGCGACAUCUGCUCACCACAGCUCAAGGACAGGCAGAAGAGUUCGCCAGACAGCAGCAGCAGCAGCAGCAGCAGCAGCAGCACCGCAGCCUCCAAAAUUAG